UUUCGGGAUGCUUUGGAUGCUUACAGUCGUGCGAUUCGAUUAAAUCCGUAUAUCAGUGAAGUGUGGUAUGACCUUGGUACUCUAUAUGAAUCUUGUAACAAUCAGAUCAAUGAUGCUCUUGAUGCCUAUCAACGAGCUGCUGAAUUGGAUCCAAGUAAUCCACAUAUAAAACAACGUUUACAAAUGUUGAGAAAUCAACAAGCUGGUGGUCAAACAUCUGCUCCAAUUCCUCAAGAUGUGAACCCUCAAGCUUAUCAAUCUCCUAAUGGUCCUCCUAAUAUGCUUGGUGGUAAUACUCCAACAUUCGCUCAACCUACUCCUGGUCCUCCAGGUCCCCCUGGUAUGCCAGGAUACAAUAGACCAGUUGAUAAUCGUCCAAGUCAUACCACAGGUCCUCUUUUGUCAUCUAUACCUAAUCACGGUGAAGGUUCUCACCGUGAUUUACCUCCUCCAAUGAAUAGAAGGAGUCCUGGUCCUACUACUACUUAUACCCCUCCUCCUCAUCUUAUGCGUGAUAGACCAUUAACCCCACCUAAUCAACAGCAUACUCUUAAUCCAUUAAUUUCUCCAAAUGAACAACGUUCAUUGACUCCUCAUCAGUCUCAACCACAACAACCUCCUCCUUUACGUCAUAAUUCGGAUAAACGUGCGUCAUCUCCUUCUCCACAACUUCCUCAAAUUCAAAUGCCGGAUGAUCGACAUCCUAGACAUUCCCCUACUCAGUUACCUGAACCUUAUCCAUCAUUGAGACCUAAUUAUCCUCCUUCUCCACGGAUGAUAACACCUGAACAUGGUAGUUCUCAACUUUCUGGUUAUCCGCAUCAUGAUAUAACUCAUCAUCUACCUGUUGAUCGUCGAGAAUCGGAUAUUUAUGAUAAGGUUGUAAAGCCUGAUGAACGAUCUAGUAAUGGCGUUUCCUCUUAUCAUCCAUCUGAAUCGCUCGCUCCAAAACAUGAUUCUCUUCCACCUAUUAAUUAUCAUGAUAAUCGUGAUAAUUUGGAUCCACCAAUUAAGAGAUCUGAUGAGCCAUCUCUUCGUCCUCCCGAUACAAGAACACCGCAUCGUCCCCCACAUUCGAUGGAUCAUAAUGAGAAUAGAAUACAAGAUGAUGUACCAAUUGAUGAAAAACCUUCAUUUACUUAUCGUCAAGAUGAUCAUCAUCCGAGACAUCCAACUGAUAUUAAAUCAGAAUCACCUAUUGUUCAGAGACCACCACCACUUUCUGAAUCUCCUGUUAGAGAAACUUAUAACAAUGAACAACAACAUAGUCCGAUUUCAAAUGUUUCUAAUAAUGAUAUUCCUCGAAAAUCUUCAACUGAUCAACGACCCGAAACUCCACGUGAAAUUUCAAAAAUGUCAAUUCCAUAUCAAUCAGAACCGGAUCCACAUUCUCCUCCUGGAGAAUCAAGUCCACAUGUUAAUGAACAGAACAAUUCUACAUCUUCAACCAGUCCUCCUGAUAAUGAUAAAUCAAUAUUAGCACCUAUUCGUACCAAUUCUUCUGCUAAUGACCGAACAUCUGGAUCGGCAACUGCUCGUACGGUUGAUGAAGAUUAUGAUGGAACUGCUACUACUGCAGAAACUUUAGUAAGCUUGAGUGAUCCUGGUGUUUCAUCUUCAUCUGUUGCACAAAAACGUUCAUAUUCACCAGUAAAAGGAGAUGAUGUUGAUGAUCGCCGUGAUGAAGGCAAUGCUAAACGAAUGAAACCAUCGCCAACGACUCCAGUAGAUGAAGCUCCGUCUCCAAUAUCGUCCCAUUCAGAACGUGAAAGAGAACGAGAUAGACGAAAGUCUGAACAAAGUGCUAAUGGAAGUAAUUCUCCGGUUGCUAGUGGCGCUACACCUUAA